UGCACGGUGUGGUUCGUUUCCUCGACACAGAACUUCUUCCUGCCUCUUCACCCGAAUAUUAUCCUAAAAUCAUCAAAUCCGGGAUCGACGAAGAAGGCCAACAUCCCAAAUCACCCAAAAUCACGGGUCCCGACGGGAUCGCGACGCUUCUCCACCGCGUCGGCCGAUUGCAGCUCCUUGAACGUCUCUUCGACGUGACUGGGACCAACGAGUAUAAUCUACGCGUCCGAACGGGCGAGAGGUAUCUGCAGGACGUGUAUGUCAAACGGAGGGGUGUUGACGUCGAGGUCGGAUUCAUCAACAGCGAUGGCGAAUGGGCGCAGCACGGCGUGCGCUACCGCAUUGAACCAGAGCCCGCAGGCUCCCCGUACCGCGUUGGAAAGUGGGUACCGCUCUCCACCUCCGAUUUGGGUUCUGCAUGGGGCGGCUCGGACGACUGGGUCCGUGCACAGGGUGGGGCAGUAGCCAAGGCCAUAUGGUUCCACAAACUCUACGAUCGCGACAUCGAGGUGAGCUGGAGUGGAAUGACCGACGACGACAAGCAGGAGCUCGCCGCGUGGUCGAAGGAGCGUAAGGAGCGACGUGCAGAGCAGGCCAAUGUCAGGCAGGAUGAGCACGCGGCGCGCAGGUCCCAGUACGCUGGGAGCAACGAGGACGACGAUAUGACGGAGAUGCGGAUGGGGAUGCAGGCGUAUUACCAGUCGCGCAGGGCGUGUCGCGCGGAUUGCGGAGAGCAGAACCCCAAGUUCAGCUGCUCAAAGUGCAAGGUUGCUCGGUAUUGCAGCCCAGCUUGUCAGUCAGGGGACUGGAAGGACCACAGAACUUACUGUGGAACAGAAGAACCCGUCUCUCAAGAGUAUCUGCUACCUUUUUGAA